CACCGGCACCACGUGCCCCCCACGUCUCCCCAGAUCCCAUCCACCCCCCAGCUCGAGGACGCGCUUGCCACGACGCGAUACAAGCAGCAGCCACGCUUCCAUUUCCAUCCCACGCUCCAGACCGAAAUCCCCAAACCCUCGCUCGCCACCCCUCGAUCAAGCAGCCGGCGCGACCCGCCAUGGCGUCCGCGUACUACGAGAGCUCCCGGGGCGGCGGCGCCGCCGAGGAGCACGACGAUUUCGACGAGUUCGACCCCACGCCGUACGGCGGCGGCUACGACCUCUUCGUCGCCUUCGGCCGCCCGCUGCCGCCGUCCGAGGAGACCUGCUACCCGUGCUCGGCGCCCUCCACCUCGUACGACGCGCCCCACUACUCCGCGUCCGAGCCCUCCCCGUACGGCCACCACGCCAAGGCCAAGCCCAACUACGGGUUCCGCCCCCAGCAGGAGCAGCACCCGUCGUCCUACGGCGGCGGCGGAGGCUACGGAUCCAGGCCCGAGCCCGCCGCGGAGGAGGGCGGCGGCUAUGGAUCUGGCUACGGAUCCGGGUAUGGGAGGAAGCCGCAGGCCGAGGAGACCUACGGGUCCGGCGGCUACGGCGGCCAGACCCGGCCGGAGCAGGGUUACGGAUCGGCAGCGUAUGGAUCUGGAUACGGCGCCGAGCCGCCGGCCGAGAGCUACGGCUCUGGUUACGGGAGGAAGCCGCAGGUAGAGGAGACCUACGGGUCGGAGUAUGGGUCUGGUUACGGGAGGAAACCGCAGGUAGAGGAGACCUACGGCUCUGGGUAUGGCGGGAAGCCGCAGGUGGAGGAGGGGUACGGGAGGAGGCCUCAGGCUCAGGAGGGCUACGGAUCAGGGUACGGCAGGCCGCAGGGUGGGGAGGAGUAUGGCAGUGGUGGGUAUGGGAGGAAGACUCAAGAGGAGAGCUUCGGUUCCUCGGGGUAUGGCUAUGGCAGGAAGACUGAGGAGGAGGGCUAUGCUGGUACUGGGUAUGGGUAUGGGAAGAAGGCGUCCGAGGAUGAAGGUGCAUAUGGCUCCGGUGGGUAUGGGAAGCCGAAGCCAUAUGGAGAGGAGUAUCAGAGUGGUGGGUAUGAGAGGCCGAGCUAUGGUGGCGGAGACGAGUACCAGGGGAGCUAUGGCCGCAAGAAGAAUGAUGAUGACUCGGAUGAUGAGAAGAAGCAGCGUUACGAGAAGCACCACGACCACCACCGUCGCCACAACUACGAUGAUUAAGCACCCAUUGUGGGUACCUUCUGCUGCAUGUGGGCUCGGCUUACUGCUGUUGCCACUAUAUCUGGUUUCUUCAUGAAUAAAGAUGGGUGUGCUUGCCUUGUGGGCACUGGACCAUUGUCGGCUCCUUUGAGUUGGUACUGCCCACCCCUGAAGUGUGCUAUGUGUGUGGUCUGAAUGUUCGAAUCGUGACCAAAUGAGAACCGUCUGUAUCUGUGAUGAACCUUGUUGCUGUGGUGUUUCUUUCAGUGAUUGUGACUUGUAUUGGCAUCAGGCAUGGCUCCUCUGCCCCUAUAGAAAACUUAAUAUUCUGCAUUCUGUUGAUGCUGUUGCUUUCA